AUGCCAAUCUAUCCAACUGUCAAUCAGAUCAUGAACGACAGCACAACGACAAUAGUCCCAAUCAAGACUCCUCCGCAACUGACCCCGCACCUGAAAGUCCCAGCCGGUCUCAAUAGCGUUGGGUUCAAGGUCGUGGAUCACACCGACAAUCACAAACGAGAGGAAGAUACGACCACGCUGUGCUCUGAAUCUCAAGUGUCUUCGACUCCGGGGUUGCUCGGUACCUUGAGGCUGGAUGUACCACCAGCGGACAGCUCGAAGGCCAUCGAGAUAUGGCGCAUUCGCGCGGUGCAGCGAUUGGUACUGUCUAUCUCCACAAGCGCCGCCCAAAAGGACGAAGUGAUGAAGGUCAUCAAGAGCGAACAAGAGCAGGCUUUGGAGACGUUGCGGGCGAGCUUUCCGCCCAGUUUCCAUGAAUACAUCAAUAAUUUGUCCUCAGAAGAAGCGAAGAAGGAGGUGGUCAAGGUUCAUCUCGUCAUGACGGCCCCGGGGACCCCUGAUAUGAUUUCUAUUAUCGUGCUCAUCAUGGAUGGUGCCCGUCCUGGUGACUUCCAGUAUUCACCCGAGGGACGGGCUAUAGUCAGAGAAUGGUAUAAGAGAGAGAGAAGGCCUGUUCCCCGUGAUUUGAAGCCGACUCGGAGAAGCAUCGGUUCGGUGAUACGCGACUAUCUAAGCAGACUCACUUUCUCCUUGUGCAACAAGAUCGAACGUCUCUUUUGUCUCCUGGAAUCCGUUGCGGUAACCCUCUGCACCUAA